ACGCUUAAUUGUCAAAUAUUCGAACACUCGAUCGUUGUUUGAAACUCUCAGAGCAGCUGUUUGAUUUAUAUUGGUCGCGAAAAUUAGUAUGUUACAAAACCGCUUAACAGAGCUCUUUGGUGCCGUUGCUUUGGCAAGGUUGGCGGUGGUGCGAAUGUUUUGAGAGUGUGGGUUUUAACGGGAGACUCAAUGGAGACAUGAUUAAAAACAAGAGCAGAACACGUAACUUACCUUGGAUCCUCUGGCUGACGGUUGUUAGCACUGGUUGGCAUAUUGCCUUUGGUCAGCAAUGUGCCUCCAAUCCUUGUUACUUUAAUGGAACUUGUACUGACAUUGGCAUUAAUAACUACACUUGUAGCUGUCCACCUGGUUUUACAGGGGAAAGAUGCGAAGCUGUGAUCAACAUGUGUCAUUUUAACCUGUGCCAGAACAAUGCUGUGUGUCAGAGAUUUCAGACUGGAGGUUAUCAGUGUAUUUGCCACGCUGGAUUUACUGGAUUACAUUGUGAGACCAACAUGAAUGAAUGUAAUCAGACAAAUCUUGCAUGCCAUAAUGGUGGAACUUGUGUUGAUGGGGUGAAUGGCUACACAUGUCAGUGCCCAGCACGUUUCUCUGGACCUUUCUGUAAUGUAACUGUUACAAAGUGUGAUGGAAGUCCUUGUCAGAAUGAUGGAACUUGUACAGAAAAUGUUUUUGGUUACAACUGCACCUGUACCUCAGGCUUCAGGGGUCCUAAUUGUGAAGAGAAUAUUGAUGACUGUCUUCCAAACAGAUGUCUACCUUUUCAACAGUGUGUGGAUGGAGUGAACAGUUAUCAGUGCAUUUGUCCUGUCGGCAAAACUGGUCAAACUUGUAACGUUGAUAUUGAUUAUUGUUCUGGGCAAGCAUGUUUAAAUGGAGCAACUUGUAAGAGCUUUCAAGGUGACUUCAACUGCACCUGUGCUCCAGGCUUUGAAGGGCGUCGCUGUGAAAAUAACACAGAUGAUUGUGCGUCUCAACCUUGUUUUAAUGGUGGCACGUGUACAGAUAAAAUGAAUGGUUUUACUUGCAACUGCCCAGCUGGUUUCAUUGGGAGACAGUGUGAAGCAAACAUCAUUGAGUGUCUGUCCAAUCCAUGCAAAAAUGGUGGCACUUGUGUGGAGAGUGUUGGACUGGCAGGUUAUUACUGUACCUGUCCAGCAGGAUUUCAAGGACACCAUUGUGAAUUUAGUAGUUCUUCUUGUCAACCUAAUCCAUGUCAGAACAAUGGCACGUGUACACUUCAUGGUAACAAGUUGAAUUGCACGUGUCCAGCCGGUUGGACCGGUCCUUACUGCAGCCUUGAUGUGGACGAGUGCCUUACAUCACCCUGUGGAAAUCUGGGCACGUGCCAUAACGCACCUGGCGGGUAUAACUGCACUUGCUUAGCGGGCUUCACAGGCGCAAAUUGUGACAAACACGUGGACGAGUGUCUUGAUGAUCCAUGCCAGAAUCAAGGCACGUGCGAGGAUUAUGUGAAUGGCUACCGAUGCACGUGCACCGCAAGCUUUUCUGGGAAAAACUGCGAGAUUCCCUUGAACAACUGUUCUGCGCAGCCGUGUAAGAAUGGAGGAACUUGCAGACUUGGUGGAAGUGGCUUUUAUUGUGAUUGUCAGCCGGGUUAUACCGGUUUUACCUGUGAAGUGGAUAUCAACGAAUGCGCUUCUAAUCCGUGUAAUAAUGGCGGAACGUGUGUAAAUAAUGUCAAUCGCUAUGAAUGUCAGUGUGCUGAUGGUUAUCGAGGGAGAUCAUGUGAAGUUCUGUUUUCAGUGAGCUUCCAACAAGGCUCGUAUCUUCCUGCUUUAGGAUUUACAUUGUUCCCAUCGGAUCUGAUGUCAUUUCGAUUCCGAACUACACUGCCAUCUGGACUUUUGUUCUAUCAGGGAGCGGACCUCAUAAAAGAGCACACAGAUCACGUGAUUGUAGAGCUAACAAAUGGCUCUCUCCGCCUGUCACUCAAUACCGGCCUGGACACAGCAACGGCUAAGGUAGGCAGGGGACUCAACGAUGGGGCCUGGCACCAAAUAACUCUGCAGAUAACUGGUCCCCAGGCCACUAUAUCUAUCGACAAGGACACGUGCAGCGCAGACUGUUCAUCAGCGUCUGUUUCAACCACCUCCGAUGGUAGCUCGCAGUACGCUGGUCUUCCUUAUUUCGGAGGAGUGAGACAGCUGGUCCCGCAGAUAAGACAACAACUCACGACUGAUGGCUCAUUUGUGGGAUGCAUCAAGGACGUUCUGUAUAAUAGAAUCGAAGUGGGUCUACAGAACGUAUUGGCGCAAGCGCACCUAGUCUCCACCGGUUGUCAGCGAAGGGACGUCUGUAGCAAUCAUGGAUGCAAACAUGGUGGCGCAUGUGUAGAUGAGUGGGUGCAGUACCGCUGUGAUUGUCUCCAAGGAUUCGUGGGAUUGUUUUGCGAGCAUCAAGUCACAGCUACUUUUGAUAGUGAUGACAACUCUGGUUUAAAAUUUGAUUCAGCUGCUCCGAUUAAUUCGUUUUCUUUGGAGUUUUCAAUUGAUCCAACUCUUCCAAGUGGAGUGCUCGCUUACACUGGGUCAGGCCAAGGAGAUUUUGGUGUAGCCUUGAACAAUGGACGUUUGCGGGUGGCGUACGUGAGGUCGUUCUUCGAAAGAAACUACCUCGAUAUCGGUCGAAAUCUCUCUGACGGCAAAUGGCAUAGAUUGCAUAUCAACGUCACUUCCGGUAGUGUUACGAUUGACGUGGACACAUAUCACGCUGUUCUUACUCCGCCCCGAAUUUCUCAGCCAAUCGCGGAUCUCGAGAACACUCUAUAUAUGGGAGGUCUUUUGAGCAGGUUUAGCGAUUUGCUCAUUUAUCUAAAUAAUAAGCAGUCAACGUUUAGUGGUUGUUCAAGAAACGUGAUUAUGAAUGGAAAUUUGACGACGUUUGAGACUGCGCAGACGAAUGGUGGGUAUUCUAUGCCGAAGUCGAGCUGUAAGAAGGACGAAAAUUGUGCACCAGACUCCUGUAAAAACGGAGGUGCGUGCGAUGCCACCUGGACUGGGUUCGAGUGUCACUGUUUAGACGAUUUUGUCGGGAGUCGGUGUCAAAAUGUUUCCGAGACUUCGUUCUUAUCGAAUGACAGCCGAGUGGAGCUAACAUUAAACUCUUCUGAGUGGAGUUUUGGUCAGAGUGGGUCAGUGUGGUUCAGGACUCGUGAAAUGGACGGGUUACUAAUGUACGCCGGGCGGAGGCCUGGAGGAGGAAAUACAGAAUUCAUGCUUCUUGAGGUCUUUUCCGGUCAGGCUAGAUUUACUGCUGAUCUUGGUUCAGGAUCAAGUUCGCUUUUGAUCAACAAAGUCGUGUCUGACGGUGACUGGCAUCACGUGACUUGGACCAGAAGAUAUAAGCGCAUAACACUGGACUUGGAUGACAGGAUGAGAGCACAGGGAGACCUGCCUGGAGCAGACGGACAGUUUGAUACCGCUCACGACCCUGUGGUGUCUGUGGAUAUGGGUGGAGUCCCGGCUGGUGUAACACAACCUAAAGGUCUAAUAGCGCUCAAAAAUUUCAAGGGAUGCAUAAAGGACAUCAUGUUCAACUCCCGACGUGUCCAUUAUCUUUCGCCUCACUCUCAGAGAGGCCUGGGCGUUAAUAAGAAACAAGUAACAACGGGUUGCCAGAGAAAUUCUACCUGCUUGCCCAAUCCCUGCCCAGCUCACAGUGUUUGUGUUCCAUCUUGGGAUGGCUUCAACUGCACUUGUGAUCCAGGUUGGAUGGGUGAUAAAUGUGAUAUUCGCAUACCGGACUGCUCGCUAAAUAACUGCACUAAUGGUGCCACGUGCGUUAAUGUCACGCGCGGUUUUGACUGCGUGUGCGCGCAGGGAUAUACUGGCCUUUACUGUGAGACCCAGAUAACUCACUGCCAUUCCGAACCUUGCAGUAAUAAUGCGACCUGCUAUGAAAUAUCAGGAGGUUACCGAUGUGAUUGCACCGUAGGAUACACGGGAAAGGACUGUGAGAGUGAUAUCGAUGAAUGUGCGAGUACACCUUGUAAGAACAAUGGAUCGUGUAUAGAUCUACAAGGCAAUUAUUCCUGUCAGUGUUCUACGGGUUUUGCUGGAAGAGACUGCGAGUUGAAUAUAGAUGAUUGCUCGCCUAAUCCCUGUGCGAACCAGGGAACAUGUACUGAUUUAAUAGCCAACUAUAGUUGUCGAUGCUCCGUGGGUUACACUGGUGGAAAUUGUGACAUAGAUAUUGAUGAGUGUUCUCCAAAUCCAUGCAGGCAUGGCGCGACCUGCCUCGACUCAGUGGGUAACUACAGUUGUAGCUGUGUAUCAGGUUUUACCGGCAUAAAUUGUGAAGUAGACGUCGAUGAAUGUGUUUCAAAUCCGUGCUUGAACAAUGCUUCUUGUGUAGACUUAGUCGACGACUACAGUUGUCAGUGUUUAAUUGGUUUUACAGGAAAGAACUGCGGUGUUGACAUCGACGAAUGUUCUCCAAACCUUUGCCAACACAAUGCGACGUGCACCAACCAUGUUGGAAAUUACAGUUGUAGUUGUCCCUUAGGUUAUACUGGAAGGAAUUGUGAAACCGACAUAGACCAUUGCUUCCCCAAUCCCUGCCGGAAUCAGGGUACCUGCAUUGAUGGCGUCGGAAACUACAGUUGUGUUUGUUCCCCGGGUUUCUCUGGCGGGAAUUGUACAUUCGACAUCGACGAAUGCGCCCCUCACCCUUGUCAAAAUAAUGCAACAUGCAUCGAUCAAAUUGCUGCCUACACCUGCAACUGUCCCAUGGGUUUUUCUGGUAGAAACUGUGAAACAAACGUUGAUGACUGCUCUCCGAACCCGUGCUUAAAUCAGGGAACCUGCGUGGAUCUGAUUGGUAGUUACAGCUGUAACUGUUUCAAAGGAUUUACAGGAAGUAAUUGUAGCGUAGAUGUCGACGAGUGUUCGUCAAAUCCGUGCCUUAACAACGCUACUUGCAACGAUUUAGUGGGCAGGUACAGUUGUCAGUGUCCCGUCGGAUUUACGGGAAGCAAUUGUGCCUCUGACAUCAAUGAAUGUGCCCCAGAUCCUUGUUUCAAUCAAGGAACGUGUUAUGAUCUAAUAGGAAACUUCAGCUGUGUAUGCUUGCGUGGAUUUACUGGACGAAAUUGCGAAAUAAAUAUAGAUGACUGUAUACAAGGCCCUUGCCAGAACAAUGCAACCUGUACCGAUCUUAUAGCCGAUUACAGUUGUCGGUGUCCUGUAGGUUUUACUGGGAGAAAUUGCGAGACAAACAUUGACGAGUGUGCUUCUGAUCCUUGCGCGAAUAAUGCUUCAUGUUUUGAUCUGCAAGGGAAUUACAGUUGUGACUGUUUGGAAGGUUUCACGGGUAGAAAUUGUGAGAUGGACAUCAAUGAAUGUUCUUCAAAUCCUUGCGGACGCCACGGCACAUGUUUAGAUCUUAUUGGUAAUUACACAUGUAGUUGUAUUUCGGGUUUCAGUGGGAGAAACUGUGAGGUCGAUAUAAAUGAAUGCUCUUCAAAUCCUUGUGCACAUAAUGGUACAUGUUUAGAUCUGAUUGGGAAUUACAGCUGUAAUUGUAUUUCUGGUUACACUGGCAGGGACUGCGAAGUCGACAUAGACGAAUGCUCUUCCAAUCCAUGUGGAGAUCACGGUAAAUGUUCCGAUCUUGUAGGCAAUUACACCUGUAACUGUGUGGCGGGUUACAGCGGUAGAAAUUGCAACGUGGACAUCGAUGAAUGCUCUCCUAACCAGUGCUUGAACAAUGCUACAUGUUUAGACUUGUUAGGAAACUAUAGUUGCAGAUGUUCCUUGGGUUUCAUGGGCAGAAACUGUGAAGUGGAGAUUGACGAAUGUGCGUCGAGCCCGUGUAAAAACCAAGGAACUUGUAUUGAUCUUGUAGGAAAGUAUAAGUGUACCUGCUUCGAUGGUUUUACUGGUGCAAACUGUCAAAAUAACAUCAACGAUUGCUCUCCCGAUCCUUGUCAAAAUGGUGCAACAUGUUCCGAUCACAUUGGUAACUACAGUUGCAAAUGUCUAGCGGGAUUCACUGGUAGAAACUGUGAGAUAAAUAUUGAUGAAUGUGCUUCUGAUCCUUGCAAGAACAAUGCAACGUGUUCCGACCUUGUAGCUGGUUACAGCUGUCAGUGUGUUGUGGGUUUCACAGGGAGGGAUUGUGAAGUCAACAUCAAUGACUGCUCCCUAAACCCAUGUAAACACGGCGGGACCUGUUCAGACCUGAUCGCGAGCUAUAGUUGUGCGUGUCUGUCGGGAUACACUGGAAGAAACUGCGAGACUAAUAUGAAUGAAUGUGCAUCAAAUCCGUGCAAACACGGUGCCACGUGCGUAGAUGCUAUAGCGAAUUAUACGUGUGUCUGUGCGCGUGGUUUCACGGGAAGAAACUGCGAGGUAGAUAUAAAUGAAUGCACAUCGCAGCCUUGCCAAAAUGGGGCUACCUGCAUGGAUCUUGUUGGGGAUUUCUCUUGCAACUGUUUGCCGGGUUACACUGGUAAAAGCUGCCGAGGUAAUAUAGAUGAGUGCAGCUCUAAUCCAUGUGUGAACGAUGCAACUUGCGUCGAUUUAAUUAACGAAUAUAACUGUAGUUGUGUUCCUGGAUUCACUGGAAGGCGAUGUGAAAUCAAUGUUGAUGAUUGUUCUCCUCCUCCUUGUCAGAAUGGCGGAAUUUGUUCUGAUGGCGUCAACAGCUUUCACUGUGACUGCACAGGCACUGGGUUCAAUGGUUCCCAAUGUCAGGAAGACAUAGAUGAAUGCACCUCGUCCCCGUGUGUUCACGGCGCAUGUAACAAUACCGUGGGCUCGUAUUGGUGUAAUUGCUUGGGGUCUGGAUACCAGGGAACGUAUUGUGAGGAUGAUGUGAACGAAUGUGUGACAUUAACACCAUGUUUAAACAGCGGAAAAUGUCGGAACAACGACGGUUCUUACCAAUGCACGUGCAAGGCGGGUUACAGUGGCAAAACCUGCAACGUGAACAUCGAUGAAUGCGCUAGUGACCCGUGCAUCCAUAAUGGACAAUGCGUCGAUCUUGUAAAUGGCUUCUACUGCAGUUGUACUGGAACAGGUUUUCGAGGAUUUCGUUGUGACAUUAACGUGGACGAAUGCGCAACCGCUGAACACGAGUGUCAAAAUGACGCACAAUGUGUGGAUACUUAUGGUAAUUACACCUGCGCGUGUGCGUCCGGUUUUACGGGUGUUUUAUGCGAGAACGAACUAGGGAUCACAAUAGAACCUACGCCAGCUGCUCGCCAGCAAAACAGGCAAAUGGAGCUGGGUUUGUCUAUAGGAUUCGUGCUUCUUCUGGUGUUAAUAGCCGCUGUUUUGUUGUUCUUUUAUCGUAAGAAGCAGAUGAGUAAAAUGAGCGGCAGGUAUUACCCAUCUGAUGAGGAGUACAAGGGCGGGGCAUAUCCCAUGGGACAACUUGAGAAAGAUGAACGACUUAUCUAGCUACGUGGAAAUGUACCUAGUUUUUGAAAUGAUAUGAAACUGUAAAUAACAAAAGAAUUAUUUGUGUAAUUUUUAUUGAAGAUAGGUGUGGUGUAAUGUACAUCAACUGUAUAGUUAUUCCCAAAAUUUAUGCAUUGAUUAAUGACAGCCUUGAUUACUGUAAAUAGUAUUGUUUAUAGUAUUAUGAUAUAUCAAAGCUCAACGACUCUCUUACGUGAAAUUUCGAAAUCUUUAAAGCCAGACUGUGUUCUUACGAAGUCACAAAAUGAAAUUAAUUUUGAAAUUAUCGUCCAAAUAUUUUUCAAUUGCAAACGCUCUUCACAAUUGUAUUUGUGUUCGCAGUUUCAUAUUUUCUUUCCCAUGAGAGGAAAUUAAAGUUAUUUUAUCUAAUGUACUGAUUACUUCUUAUUUUUUAUGUGAAUUAUUUUUAUAGUAAUUUUUAAUGUCUUACAGUUUUGUACCAUAUUUGAAAUAUUAAAA